AACGGUUCGGCUCCCGCUCAGGGGCGGCGCCGGCGCCCCACUGGCCUGGGUCGCUGCGCCCGGGAGCCUCCGCAUGUCAUGUCCCGGCUGCGCCUCUGGUCCCCACGGCUCCUCCUUACCUGGCAACCGUUGUGGCUUUUGGUUCAGGCAGCUCAGCCUCUGGAGUGGGCCCAGGGCCCUGGCCAGUUGACCUCCGACCCCCCAGGGCUGACUGAGCCCUGGUCUUCACACUCCUCUGACCUCCCGCCCAAAUUGCCCCAUGCACUCACACCCCUGGCAGAGCCGGGGGGCUUUAAUUACUUGACUUUCUCCUCUCCAGACCACAUGUUGGCCCUGCCUCAUGAGGAUUUGAGUGAGACUCUGGUUCCAUACCUGGACUCGGAUUCAGCUGGAGAGCUGUUGGCAGAGCCAGAUAAGUUUGCUAUUCUACACGAGGAUCUGGAUGACAAGCUAACCCAGCAUCAAAAGCUCCCAGAAGCGGUUCCAGUGCUAGAUUGGGAUCAGAAUCAAGCCUUGGUUCUGCCUCCUCAACACAAAAGUAAGGCUAAAACUAUAGGUCUAGAUCAGGCUGAAAAUCACCAAUCAUUUGAAAUACUUGUUCCACCUCUAGGUAGUAAGAGCUCAAAACCAACGAAGUUUAUUGUUUCACCCUCAAACCUGAAGAAAGAUCUCGUUAAGCAUCGACCGCUUGCCAAAGUUGUUGUUGGAACUACAAGACAACUUGGAAAAAAAAAUCAGGGUCUAGAAGAACUGCAGGAUGAUUAUUUAGAUUCCAAUAUGGAUGCCUUUUAUCCUGAGGAGAGCCUACCUAUGGAUUUUCUGGGGAGCCCAGAUGAAACUCCAGAGCCCCCUGAGGCUGAAAUUUCUUCAUCUCAGCAGGAGUACCACACUUCCCGACCGUUGCCCACCGAGCUGUACGAAUCUUCAUCCCGACAAGAGACGCCUGAGGAGGCUGAAUCUUUUUCAUCCGAGGAAGAGGCCCAGGCUCAGCAUCUGGAGCACACCAACGAGGUAGAACUACCUCUACUUCAGCAGGAGGCUCUGUCUCAGCCUCUGGAGGCACCUAAGGAGACUCAUGAGCAACCAGCUCAGCCUCCAGAGGACACCAACGAUGCUGCUACUCAACCUUUAGGAGAGAAUGAGGGGAGCUCAACUGUAUCUCUCAAGCCCCCCAAGGAGGUGGUGUCUUCUCCCACACAGCAGGUGCUUGAGACUCAGACAUCAGAACCCCCUGAAAAGGUGGAACCACUUCCAGUCCCUCAGGGGACCCUUCCUCAGCUUCUACGGCCCCCUCAGAAUGUAGGAUCUUCUCCAAACCAAGAGGAGUUCCCAGCCCCACCCCUUAAAGAGACAGAACCUUCUCCAGCCCAGCAGGGCGGCCCAUCUCAGCCUCCAGUGCCACCUACAGAGGUUGUAGCACAAACUCUAGUGCUUUAUGAGGUGACAUUUUCAACACCAGAACAGGAUCAGACUCAUCAUUCAAACUUAACCAGUGCCACAGUCAAACCUUUGGCCCAGAAGCCUGUUGUAACUCCAGAACCUACACCCCUGGAGGCGACACUUCCUAAUCCAGAGCAGGUUCAAGUGCAGCAUCCAACCUUGACUGAGGUCACAGUUCAACCUUUGGACCUUGAACUUACCAUAAAGCCAGAGCCCACCAAGGAGGAAGAACCUUCUCCAACCAUGCAGGAGCUACCACCUCAGCCUGUGGAGCCACCUAAGGAGGUUGUGGCUGAUUCAACUCCAGGCCAGUAUCAAGCUCAGAAUCCAACACUGCCCAGUGCCCCAGUUCAGCCUCUCAACCCGGAGCCUACUGUAACUCCAAAGCCUACUGUAGAAGCUGAAUCUUCUACAGCUCUUCACCCCAAACCCCCUGAGGUGACGCUUCCAAAUCCAGAGCAAGUUCAGUCUCAGUUGUCGGAGUUCACAGUUCAACCUUUGGACCUGGAACUUACCAUAACUCCAGAAUCCACGAAUGAGGCUGUGUCUUCUCCAGCCAUGCAGGAGACCCCAAGUCAGCAUCCAGUGCAGCAAGAGGUGACUGUUCCAGUGCCAGCUCAGAGCCAACUGCUGCCCAGUGUCACAGUUCACCCAUCGGGCCAGAGGCCUAACACAACUCCAGAACCUGUGACAGAGGCUGAAUAUUCCACAGGCCUGCAGCAGACUGCAGCUAUUCCACCAUACCCCGAGUUAACAGUGCCACAUCCAAAGCCAGUUCAGUCUCAGCGCCCAACCUUGAGCGAGGUCACCUUUCAAUCUUUGGACCUGGAACUCACACUAACUCCGCAAUCUACUGUGGAGGCCGAACCUUCUCCAACCAUGCAGCAGACCCAAGCUCAGCCUCCAAAACCCAUUAAGGAACUUACCAUAACUCCAGAACCUGCUACGGUGUCCGAACAUUCUGCUGCUCUGCCGCAGACCACAGCUCCUCCUCCAGAACAGCCUGAGGGGACACUUGCCCAUGCAAACCUGACUGAAGUCACGCUUCAACCUAUGGACGUGGAAGUUAACGUUACCGCAGUGAAUAAUACAGAGACUGAGCCUCCUCCAACCCUGCAGGAGACCCCAAGUAAGGAUCAAAGUCAGCCUCCAACAUCACCCAGCAUCACAACUUAUCCUGCGAACCUGGAGCUCACCAUAACCUCGCAACCUGCUAUGGGGUCUGAAUAUUCUACUGCCCUGCAGCAGACCACGGCUCUCCCAGAGGUGACACUUCCACCACCAAACCUGACUCAAGCCACAGUCCCAACUGUGGACCUGGGAGUUAGCAUAUCUCAGCAGUCAAGGCCAUCUGAGAUGGUUCAUUUUCCUUUGACUCCAUUUUCAGAACCCAAAAGUCCCCCUGUUAUAAAACAUAUACCAGGAAAGAAGCAACCAAUACAGAAUGCCACCACAACCAUCAACGUAUGUAAGCUCUGUACCUGCAAAGAUGAGACGCUGUCGUGUGUUGGUCUGAGCGCAAAGCAGAAGCUCCACAGAGUGCCUGAGCCAGGGCCCAACUCCUAUAAUGGCACCUUCACCAUCUUAAAUUUCCAAGGAAACUAUAUUUCUUACAUUGAUGAAAAUAUAUGGAAGGCAUACCGUUGGGCUGAGAAACUAAUUCUCAGUGAAAAUUCUUUGACUGAAUUACACAAGGACUCAUUUGAAGGCUUGCUAUCCCUCCAAUAUUUAGAUUUAUCCUGCAAUAAAAUACAGUCUAUUGAAAGACGUUCAUUUGAACCACUUCCUUUUUUGCAGUUUAUAAAUCUUGGUUGCAAUUUACUCACAGAACUGAGCUUUGGAACAUUUCAGGCCUGGCAUGGAAUGCAGUUUUUACACAAGUUAAUUCUCAAUCGUAAUCCUUUGACAGCAGUGGAAGAUUCAUAUCUUUUUAAAUUGCCAGCAUUAAAAUAUUUAGACAUGGGAACAACACAAGUGUCACUUACAACAAUUGAAAGCAUUCUCAUGAUGACCCUUGAAUUGGAAAAACUGAUCUUACCUAUCCGUAUGGCCUGCUGCCUCUGCCAAUUUAAAGAUACUAUUGAGGUUGUCUGCAAGACAGUCAAGCUGCAUUGUGACAGUGAUUGCCUGACAAACGUCACAUUUUGUGAUGAAAAUACAUCUAUAGGGAAUGCAGAAGGAUCGUUCAUGAAGGUGUUGCAAGCCCGGAAGAAGAACACCAGCACGGAACUGACUGUUGAACCCGAGAGGGCGUCCUCAGACCUAAGUGCUGUCAGUCUUGACAGUUUCCCAGUGCUCGCAUCCCCAGGAGAUCAGUUUGAAAGUCAGCUUAACCAGCAGCUACGAUCUCUCAUCCCCAACAAUGACGUGAGAAAGCUCAUUGCUCACGUCAUCAGGACUUUGAAAAUGGACUGCUCUGAGACCCACGUGCAGCUGGCCUGCGCCAAACUCAUCUCCAGAACAGGCCUCUUGAUGAAGCUUCUCAGCGAGCAGCAAGAAAUAAAGGUGUCCAAGGCAGAAUGGGAUACAGACCAGUGGAAAACUGAGAACUACAUCAAUGAGAGCACAGAAGCCCAGAGUGAACAGAAAGAACAGGAGUCCAGUGAGCUCACAAAAGAAGUCCCAGGUUACGGCUAUAACAACAAACUCAUCUUGGCAAUAUCUGUGACUGUAGUAGUGAUGUUUUUGAUUAUAAUGUUCUGUCUCAUUGAGAUUUAUUCUCAUAGAACGGCAUCAGAGGAAGAAGGAAGCAGAAGGGGCUUUUUCGGAUUUCUGCUGCGUAAGAGGAGCUCAGGGACAAGUGAGAGUCAGGAGGGCUUUUUCUGGAGGCGGCGGCCACUUUGGCUUCGGGACAUGUACAGGCCUCUCAACGCCACACGCAAGAAAAACAUGGCGCAGAAGCUGCAUGACAAGGAAUCUUCGGAAGAGGAUGAGAUUUUCAAUAAGGAUGCGGGGGGGACCACUGAAGCACCGACAGAGGAGCCUCCGGCUACAGAUUCGGCUGCUGAAGAGCCAGAGGGUGAGGAGAGUGAGGCAGCCGCCGACACCGCCACAGAGUGAGCCCCGUCCUGCCACAGGCCACCUGCAGAUUUUAUUUUCUAGUACUGGCUUCUCAGCAUCACUUGUAAAAUACUUAUUUUUCUCAUAUUAAAAUGUAUAAAUCCAUAA